CCCGGCACCUUCACGAACCAGAUCCAGAAGAAGUUCAUGCAGCCGCGCGUGCUGUUUGUCACGGACCCCCGCACGGACCACCAGGCCCUUCGUGAGGCCAGCCUUGUGAACAUCCCCGUGAUUGCCUUCUGCGACACGGACGCCCCGCUGGAGUUUGUGGACAUUGCCAUUCCGUGCAACAACCGCGGCCGCUACUCCAUCAGCAUGAUGUACUGGCUGCUGGCCCGCGAGGUGCUGCGCCUGCGCGGCACGAUCCCCCGCAGUGUGCCGUGGGAUGUCAAGGUGGACCUCUUCUUCUACCGCGACCCUGAGGAGGCGCUGAAGCACGAGGAGGUCAACCAGGCCGCCGCCCCGGUGGCGGAGGUGGACGAGGGCUUCGGCUGGGUUGAGCGCGACAACAACGCCUGGGAGCAGUGA